CGCGGCGCCCCGCCUCCGGAGGCGGGCCUAUGUCCCUUUCUCCGCCAAUGAGAAGAGAGGGGCGAGGAGUGGCAGGUUAGGCUGUGGUGGCCGAGGUCCCUUCGGCUCUGGAUUUCCCUCCCCGCUUUCCAGGAAUCUGUCUUGGAGGGGCAGCUUUUUGCCCUCCCACCCAAAAUAUAGAGGAUAGAAAGCCUUUGAAAAGGAGCCCAUUUCCUCGCCCAGCUCAAAAUCGGACUGGUUUUCAGAUUUUUAGACGCUUUCUUUCCCAAAUAAAUUUGGGGGGGGGGGGGCUGUUCCCUUUUCCUCCUGUGCCAAACUCGCCCAUCGGCAGGCAUGUGAAUUAUGCCAGUCCUGUAACACCCCCCCCCCCCAAGUUAAUCCCAAUUUGCUUUCCGGUAUAUAUUUUUUUUCCUUUAGAAGUUUGCAAGUUUGCUGAGCAGAAAAGAAUGCAGGAAGGUUCCUAUCAAAACCCCAAAGAGCCCUUCUAAGGUUUUUGCAAUUUAGGGUGCCACCCCGCUUUGAACGGGGGUGCGCGUUUCCUUUUUUCUUCCUCCUUUUUUUUCCCCUACUCCCAUCGGCGAGGAGAACCAGAGGCGGAUAAAGAAUCACAUCUUGGAAACAUGUUAAAGGGGGCGAGUUUGACCCCUCAUCUUUUUCUCAUAGAAAAACUCCGGACAAGCUGGCUGGUAUUUUGGAGUUGCUUGUGUUUGAUCCACCCGCGUGGCAUCUAAAUAGUGGGUUGUGUGGCUCCUAGUUCCUCUUUCCCGCUUCCCCCCCCCCUUUGGACCUUCCCCCAGAGAAGGGACAGGGUACCUACCCCCUUGGCAUAGGGUGACGCCUUAGGGGAUUCGCCAUGGCUGGGGCCAUCGCCUCCCGCAUGAGUUUCAGUUCUCUGAAAAGGAAACAGCCCAAAACCUUCACCGUUCGGAUUAUUACCAUGGAUGCCGAAAUGGAAUUCAACUGCGAGGUGAAAUGGAAAGGAAAGGACCUCUUCGACCUGGUGUGCCGGACAUUGGGACUCCGUGAAACGUGGUUCUUCGGGCUGCAGUACAUGAUUAAAGACACGAUAGCCUGGCUGAAAACCGACAAGAAGGUGUUGGACCACGAUGUCCCAAAGGAAGAACCGGUCACUUUUCACUUCCUGGCCAAGUUUUACCCAGAGAAUGCAGAAGAAGAACUGGUCCAGGAAAUCACCCAGCACCUGUUCUUCCUACAGGUGAAGAAACAGAUCUUGGAUGAGAAGAUCUACUGUCCUCCGGAGGCAUCCGUCCUUCUAGCAUCCUACGCCGUACAAGCCAAGUACGGAGAUUACGAUCCCAGCGUUCACAAGCGCGGCUUCUUGGCUCAAGAGGAGUUGCUUCCGAAACGGGUGAUCAAUCUCUACCAAAUGACUCCGGAAAUGUGGGAAGAAAGGAUCACAGCCUGGUACGGCCAACAUCGAGGCAGAGCCAGGGACGAAGCGGAAAUGGAGUACUUGAAAAUCGCGCAGGAUCUGGAGAUGUACGGCGUGAAUUACUUUGCCAUCCGAAACAAGAAGGGGACAGAACUGCUUCUGGGAGUCGAUGCGUUGGGCCUCCACAUAUACGAUCCAGAAAACAGGCUGACCCCCAAAAUCUCCUUUCCUUGGAACGAGAUUCGCAAUGUCUCUUACAGUGAUAAGGAGUUUACAAUAAAGCCCCUGGACAAGAAGAUUGACGUCUUCAAAUUCAACUCCUCAAAGCUGCGUGUGAAUAAACUGAUCCUUCAGCUGUGCAUUGGCAACCACGACCUGUUCAUGAGGAGACGGAAGGCCGAUUCCCUCGAAGUCCAGCAAAUGAAAGCCCAGGCCAGGGAAGAGAAAGCCAGGAAGCAGAUGGAGCGCCAACGUUUAGCCCGAGAGAAACAGAUGAGAGAAGAGGCCGAACGCACAAGGGAUGAGUUGGAGAGGAGACUUCUGCAGUUGAAAGAGGAGGCCACCAUGGCGAACGAAGCUCUGAUGAGAUCGGAAGAAACCGCCGACUUGCUGGCUGAGAAAGCUCAGAUCACCGAAGAGGAAGCCAAGCUCCUGGCUCAAAAGGCAGCCGAGGCGGAGCAGGAAAUGCAACGGAUCAAAGCCACGGCGAUACGGACCGAGGAAGAGAAGCGGCUGAUGGAACAGAAGGUGUUGGAGGCGGAGAUGCUGGCGCUGAAAAUGGCGGAGGAGUCUGAACGAAGGUGGUACUACAGGGCAAAGGAGGCCGAUCAGCUCAAGAACGACUUGCAAGAAUCCCGUGACUCUGAGAGGAGAGCCAAGCAGAAACUUCUGGAGAUCACCAGCAAGUCAUCCUACACCCCGCCCAUGAACGCAAGUACGACCGCCUUGCCCGCUGACAUGUCAACAUUUGGCAUCAUUAGCGAAAGCCUCUCCUUCGACUUCAAGGAUAACGACAUGAAGAGGUUGUCCAUGGAGAUCGAGAAGGAGAAAGUCGAAUACAUGGAGAAGAGCAAACAUCUCCAGGAGCAGCUGAAUGAGCUGAAGACCGAGAUCGAAGCUCUGAAACUGAAGGAGAGAGAGACAACCAUGGACAUCCUGCACAGCGAGAACCACGACCGGGGGAAUAGCAAGCACAACACCAUUAAGAAGCCUCAAGCGCAAGGCAGAAGACCUAUCUGCAUUUGAGACUUCUCAAGUAGCUUAUUCCAAGCUCACCUUACAGAGCACCAAGUCCCGGGUGGCCUUCUUCGAAGAACUCUAGGAGAAGACGUUGCUCCUGGGACAGCCUUUUUCUAUGGGAGGUGCAGCCAUAAACCGAGUUGCAUUGCUUCUUCCGAGCCAAGAGUCGCAAGAGCGGCUUCCCUCGACGGGUGCGGCGACUCGAGGCCUUCAGUUGCUGGAAAAGUUUCAGCGUGAAUCCUUGUAGAUCUUUAUAAUCUCUUUAGAGUCAAUAAUUUUAGCUUUCUUCCCCCUUUUUCUCUCUUUUUCGCUCCGUGUUUUGUAUGGGUUGUGACUCGGAUGAUGCUCCUCCUGCAGGAGGCCGGAUUCCGUAUUUUUUUAAUUCCUUCUCUCGGCACCUCUUCCUCCGGGUCUGAGAAUACGGCUUUUCUGUUUGAGGCACAGAGCAAAGUUCCUUUCUUGACCGCCCACAACAUGUUUGGAGUUUGCGAGCUCUCCUGGAAAGUCUCUGCUUCCACAAAGCAGAAUUUAAGGGCUUGCAAAGAUUCUCAGUUUCAGCGGGAUUCCAGUGGACUUCGAAGGGGUUUUCCUUGAUCCUGGAAUCCAAGCACAGGAGAUUGGUUGGGGCAGUGGUGACAUGCAAUUUUUUCCCCCUACUGGUUCUGUGGGCAUGGCUUGGUGAUGGUGGGUCCUGUGACUGAGUGGGCAUGGCCAACUUGAUGUCACUUACGGCCACUCAGUCACACGACCGCCCCCCACCAACCAAUGCCCACAGAAUCCGGUAGGAAAAAAAUGUGUCUAUGAGCACGAGAAGGGCUCAUAGUGAAUGCUGUGGCAGAGGGAAGCCGAACUUCUCUCGCUCCAUUCACAGCGGAGCUGCUGCAGCCUGUCCCUUUAAGGUAGUCCCCGGGAGGGAGGGAGCCUGGGGGGACCAUAAAAGGAGCAGCGCCUCCACUGUGAAUGGAGCGAGAACAAUCUCACCCUAUAGGGCCUGACUGGGUGGGCUGGUUGAGCGGCUGAAAGGGGUGAGCGAGCCACUGGAAGGAGUGAGCGGUGACCAGGUGGGCAUGAGCGGGGCCAACCAUGAGUGGUUUUUACUGGUUCGGCGAACCGAUUCAAAUUGUCCCCUACCAGUUCGCCUGAACUGGUCCGAGAUGGUCAAAUUUCAUCCCUGGGUUGGGGAAUUCAGGCUUGGCGUAUCCUCCCUCCCCAAAAGAAUCACAUUUUAAGGCCUGUCGUUUUAAUUUCGGGAGAUUGGUAAAUGAGGAUCGAGGGAAUUUUAAAUGGGCGGAUGGAGUUUUAAAGUCCUAACGUAGGGACGUCCAACGUUGGCAACUUUUAAAGACUGGUAGACUUCAACUCCCAACAUAGCUGUCUGGGGAAUUCUGGGAGUUGAAUUCCCAGAAUUUGAAGAUCCACAGAUCUUCAAAAGUCGGACACCCUGCCCGCCUGCCCUAAAGUGAAUCCCAUCCCUCAGAGGCCGUCUUCCUGCCCUCUGGGAUUUUAAAACAUUUUGAUAGCAUGUCUUUUAUACAAUUUUUUUUUUCUAUUCAACGUCGACGGUUGGAAAUCCUGCUUUUUCAAAAGUAAACUGAGCACAAUACUGUAAUGGCUUCAUACUGCCUGAAAAUAUAUAUAUAUAUAUAUAUACAGUAUAUCUAUCUUAUCAGGCGGGGUUAUACAUGCCAUUCUAACUACAGGGAGGAUCUUUGCAUACGAUCCAUUUCUCUUCGGCUUCUCAGCCCUUUGAACUUCGGUCGUUUUGAAAUGUAAUGUUUGUAUAAUACUUCUGCGAGACAUUCUCUCUUUUUAUUAAAGUCUCCGCUAUUUUUCAAGCUG